CAGAAAAGAACGGCGUUUUCCAACUCGAGCUUACUGAUGGAAAGUGCUUCCAAAAUUCGCAAUGUUGGCGAACGUGCUCUCAAGAUUGAUCCCAACUUGAAGAGGCUGAAGGAGGUUGUGCAGAAACUAGAUAAAGUUUCAGCUGGGGUUAGUACUUUUCUUUAUCUUCUAGAUAGUGCAAAGCAGGAGCAACAGGAGCAGCAGCGUGAGUUGUCCGAAGCACGCGAAACCGGAUCCUUGCCUACAAAUGAUCUCAUCGGUAGAGGCGAGGCUAAGGAUUUUGUUAUGCAAUGGUUGAGGAAGCCAUCGAAUGAGCCUCGGACGAGUCGGUACAGAAACAUUUCUCUUUUAUCUAUAGUGGGCCAUGGUGGUAUGGGGAAAACAACCCUCUUGCAACAUGUCUAUGAAGAUGAAAUGACAAAGGAAUUUGAUCUGAAAAUGUGGGUUUGCGUUUCCAACAACUUUGAUGUGAAAAAAGUCAUUGCAGCUAUGUUGGAAUCUCUUGCGAAGAAGCCUGAUUUAAAUUCACUUCAUGCACUUCAAAAUAGUCUUAGGACUGAGAUUAUGUCCAAGAAGUUCUUACUUAUUCUGGAUGACAUUUGGGAGGAGGAGGAGAACCAGAAUAUCAGCAAAUGGGAGAAGGUUCUCGCCCCUCUGGCUUAUGGGAAAAUUGGUAGUGGGAUUUUGGUAACAACUCGAAUGGAGUCAGUUGCAAUGAUGAUUGCAAAGGUGAUUAAAAAGAAGACGGAAAUAUUCAAAUUAGAGGGCUUGGAGGAAGAUCAGUGUUUGCAGCUCCUCAACUCUCAUGCAUUUGCUGAUGUGGAGAAUCCUAAUGAUUAUAAAAGAUUAAGAUCCAUUGUUGGAGAGAUUGUUAAAAAGCUUUCAGGAUCUCCAUUGGCUGCAAAAGUCAUUGGUGGUGUUUUGAAUUCUAGCUUGGAUGAAAGACAUUGGACAAAAGUUUUAAAUAGUGAUUUUGUAAGUCCAAAUUUGGGUCAGGAUGGCAUCUUUGUCAUUUUAAGAUUGAGCUACAUGUUCCUACCAAAACAUCUACAAAUUUGUUUCACAUUUUGUUCUAUAUUUCAACAAGAUUACAUGUUUUAUAAAGAUGAUUUAGUCCAAAUGUGGAUUGCGUUGGGUUUCAUUCAGCAACCUCAUGAUCAAGAAUCGACUAUGGAGGAUAUUGGAGGAAGGUAUUUUGAUGUUUUGGUUAAAAAAUCUAUCUUUGAUAAGUUUGAAGAUGGAAGAUACUACAAGAUGCAUGAUUUAUUACAUGAAUUGGCACGAUCAAUUUCCAUACAUGAAUGUUUAAGAGUUGAGGAUGGUACAAAGUUGCCUUCUCUAAUUCCUAUGACUCUUCGACAUUUGUCUGUUCAAACUACAAAUCCAAACAUCAUAAAAAAGAUUGGGCAGUUUAAAUAUUUGCGUUCUCUUUUCUUGUCCAUUAAAGUUUUAAAUCAGGAUCUUUGCAGUGCACUUAUUAAAAUAUUCAAAGCAUUGAGAAGCCUACGCUUAUUAUUCAUAUGGACUCUAAAAGGCUUGGAAUUAAUUCCUGUUAAGGAGAUUGGAGAUUUGAUACAUCUUCGAUAUUUGAAUAUUGAAGGUGAGAAGUUUACUAUGCUUCCAAGAUUUAUAAGUAAUCUCUAUCACUUGCAAUACAUAAUCUGUGGUAGCUCAUGUGAGCCAAGGUCACCUAAAGUUGAUGAUUUUUUACUAAGUUGCAUUAAUAACAUUUCUAAUUUGUGUUAAAAAAAAAAAAAAAAACCCUUUCUAACUUGUGUUAUGUG